AUGGAGUCCACCGCCGAACCGAAGCGGGUCGUGCUGCGAUUCUGUGUGGAUUACGCCAUGGAAGAAGAGGCCAUCAUCAACGACUUCUUCACCAAAUUCGGCCUGGACCCUGGAGACGACUACUAUUACCAUUAUGUCCCACCCCACACGUCCAUGUAUGUGCACAUUCUCCUCGACAUGUACUGCAAGACCAAUCCCGAGGCCGACCUCGACACGGUGACCUAUGAGAUUUUCAAGGUCAAGAAGAAUACCAGCUUUCACUUUCUACCACGUGGUGACAUCGACUACGCCCGUGAGCGGUGCCGGGAUUACCUUUGGGGGAGUGAAUUACGUCGUUCCGUCGAGGACUACGAUGAUUCCUUCUGGUAG